AUGUCUGGGAUGUAUUUCUCUUCAUCUAAACGCACAAUGUUACUUCAAAAUAGAUUCGCACUGACACCUGAACCAAUGAUAAAGAGUGAAGUAAUUGAGUGGGUCGACCAGCUCACUUAUUUUAAGGAUCUCUUCAGUCCUGAUAGGCCUUUAUUUGAUGAAAUCUCGGCACAAACCCAGAAAGUUCACUCGGCUUUUGCUAACUUGUGUUGUUUGUGGCAGAAAUUGAAUUUGUUCAUUAUGGAAAGUAACGCUGAUCUGGAAGAAGUUCAAAUUAACGUCAAUGGAACGAACCGUCCUCACGCUAAAUCGAUAGAACAGAAUUUUUCUAGUUCAAUACGUAAUCAUUCAGUUUCUUGCACAGAAGCUCCCGCUGUGUCGCUUGAAACAUCAAAUGAUUUGUCUAAGUCACCUACCAUUUCGUCAAGUUCUACUGUAACCAAAGAAGAAUUUUGGUUGGAUUACGAUUUUGGGUCAAAUAUUUCAUCACGUGUUGUAAAUGCUCGUGUGUUGAAAGGUGCCUCGGUUAAUUUAUAA